UUGUUUAUUUUUUUUUUUGUUGUAUUAUUAUUAUUGUUUUAUCCUUUUUUAUUUUUUUUUUUUUUUAUGAGUUUUGUGUUUUUGGGGAUUUUUGAUUAUUCUUCACAUUUGCCAGAAAUUUUUUUUGAUUCUUUUAAUUUUGUUUUUUUAUCUUUUAUAAGGGUGUUUGUUUUGGGGUUUAUUUGUGUUUCUGAAAUUUUAAGUGGGUUGGUUUUUUAUGGUUGCUUGAUUGUUUUUUUUAGUGUUUGUUUUUUUUAUUCUAGAAGGGUCUUAAUACUUUAUGUAUUUUAUGAAUUGACUAUAAUUCCUGUUUUAUUUUGUUUAUUAGGUUAUGGUCGGCAGGUUGAAAAAAUUAGUGCUUGUUAUUAUUUAAUUUUUUAUACUUUAUUUUUUGGUAUGCCUUAUUUGUUUUUAUAUAGUCAUGUUUUUUGGAUAUUAAAUUUUGUUUAUUAUGAUUUAUUUAUUUGUUAUGAGUUUAUUUUUUUAUUGAGUUUGUGUUUCUUAGUUAAAUUUCCUAUUUAUUUUAUUCAUAUAUGGUUGCCGAAGGCUCAUGUGGAGGCGUCAACUAGUACUAGUAUAAUUUUGGCCGGUGUUAUGUUGAAGUUAGGGGGUUGUGGUGUUUAUCGAAUUAUGAAGUCUUUGAGUUUUUUUGGUUUUGAAUUUUUGAUUUUUUUUUCUUUGAUUAGAAUGGUUUUUUGUUCUUUUAUUUGUAUAAUACAAAGUGAUUGUAAAUCAUUAGCUGCUUAUUCUUCAAUUUGUCAUAUAGGAUUUGUAUUAUUGUCUGAACUUAGUAUGGUUUAUUAUGGUAAAUCUAUGGCGUUGGUUAUAAUGUUAGCUCAUGGCUAUACUUCUGUUUUAAUGUUUUAUUUUAUUGGGGAAUUUUAUCAUGUUGCUAAUAGUCGUUUGAUUUAUUAUUUGCGUGGAUAUUUUAAUAUUAGUAGUUUAUUUUGUUUAAUGUUUUGUUUAACGAUGUUAUCUAAUUUUAGGUUUCCUGUAUCUAUUACUUUUUUUUCUGAGUAUUUUAUAUUAAAUUGAUAUGUUUCUGUUUUUUUUGUUGGUAUUUUUUUUUUAUUUGUUUAUUAUUUAAUUUCAUUUUAUUAUUCUGUCUAUAUAUUAGUUGGUUUUAUAGUGGGGAAUAGAUUAAGCUAUGUUUUUGAAAGUCGAAGAGUUAUUUGUUUACCUUUGAUUUUUAUAAUAUAUAAUUUUUUUUGAUUUAUGUUUA